AUGCGCAACCUUCGUAACCUCCGAUUCGGACAGUGUCAGCGCGCAAAUGUCACGGCUACCUGCUGGGAUCCUGAGAAGGAUCAAGUUCUUUGCGUGGCUGGACCAACAGAGGAGAGCAGCGGCAUUGAGUUGUUGAGAGUCACUGGUGAUCAAGAUGUUUCAGUCCGUACAGUGGCCAGUUGGGAUGCUCCCAACCCAACACCAGAUCUGCUCGCCGACAGAGUUGUCAGUCUACAGUAUCUCAGUGGCUCGGCAACUGCAUGUCUUGUUCUCGAAGGCGGCGACAUUGUCACCGUCCAAGAGGAUGAGUUCUCAGGGCAAGAUGCCUACAUCGAGAUUGUCGGUUCCAUCGAUGCUGGUAUUGCUGCCGCAAGGUGGUCUCCUGAUGAGGAGUUGCUCAUUGUCGUCACAAAGGAGAACAAUGUCAUCUUCAUGGGAUCAAGCUUUGACCCCGUUGCAGAAAUCGCAAUGACCGUUGAGGACCUCAACGCAUCAAAGCAUGUUUCCGUUGGCUGGGGGAAGAAGGAGACUCAGUUCCAGGGUCGAGGUGCAAAGGCUAUGCGUGAUCCUACUAUCCCAGAAAAGGUCGACGAAGGGUUGCCCAGUGUCCACGAGGACGGUGCGACGACGAUCAGCUGGAGAGGAGACGGCGCUUAUGUUGCUAUCAACUCUGUACAGGAGGGUUCUCGCCGUGUAAUUCGAGUUUACUCUCGCGAGGGCGAACUCGAUAGCGCAAGUGAGCCAGUCGAUGGUCUUGAAGGCGCUCUGAGUUGGCGACCAGCUGGAAACUUGAUGGCUGGUAUACAGCGAUUGCCUGAUCGCAUAGACGUGGCAUUCUUCGAGAGGAAUGGUUUGCGCCAUGGAGAGUUCACCCUGCGUUCUCCUUCUGGAACAGUAGGAGCCCAUGAGAAGAUACGUCUUGAAUGGAACUCAGACUCUACUGUCCUAGCAGUCAUUUACAAGGAUAUGAUCCAACUGUGGACUAUGGGCAACUACCACUGGUAUCUCAAGCAAGAGAUUCCUAUUGAGGCAAGCUCGGCAUGCCUUUCAUGGCACCCUGAGAAGGCCUUGCGGUUUGCUGCUGCGUCUACAACCCAAGUCCUUGUCGCGGAGCACAUCUUCUAUACAGCAAGGGGGCUUUGCCUCCCACCGCAUGACAAUGGUGCUGUCGCGGUCAUCGACGGCGAGACCGUCAAGUUGACCCCUUUCCGAACAGUUAAUGUCCCACCCCCCAUGUCGAUGUUCGAGAUCACAGCUUCAGCAGCUGUGGCUGAUGUUGCAUUUGGCCGUGACAACACUUCCUUUGCAGUACUGCACCGAAAGGGCAUUGACGUUUACGAAUGGCCCGUCAAGAAUGGAAGAUCUAUCAAGCCGCAAAUUUCCAAGAAGGUCACUUUUGACGAGAUGGCAAGCCCAGGUUACAACACAUCCCUGAGAAUCGCUGCUGUUUCAGAUGCAUUCCACUACUUCGCCUACGAAGAGGAGAAGGGAUUCGUCCAACGGUCUGUGCAAGCUGCUGGCGAGGGUGAAGCGUCCACCACACCUGUUAACACCCAAGAACUCUUGGUUGCCACGACUAGUUACCAAGAUGACAAGUCUUUUGAAGGCUACGGUCAAGAUAACUCAGGAAAGCUAUUCCAGAUCACCGAGUCUGGUAACGAAAAUCUUCAUGUCCAAUUCCAGACUCAGCUACCUUGGUUCGAGAUCAGCAAAGUCGACGAAGAGAUCGUUGCUUUUGGUCUCUCUAGAAACGGUCACAUAUACGCAAACUCCCGCCUUUUGGCAAAGAACUGCACAUCGUUCAUUGUCACGCCUAGCCAUCUCAUCUUUACUACCAACAACCAUCUGGUCAAGUUUGUUCACUUGGCUGCUAAUGUUGACGAGCUCGAGGUUCCUGCUGAUGACCCCGAGACCGACGAGCGUUGUCGCAGCGUAGAGCGUGGAUCGCGACUCGUUACCACUCUCCCUGCCAACAUGAGCAUUGUGCUGCAAAUGCCUCGCGGAAAUCUCGAAACUGUCUUCCCUAGAGCCAUGGUCAUUGCGGGCAUUCGUAAUCUGAUCGACAAUAAGAACUAUGCCCGUGCCUUCUCAUACUGCCGAACGCAGCGUGUUGAUAUGAACAUCCUCUACGACUAUCAGCCGGAGCAAUUCUUGGCUAAUGUUGGACUUUUCCUCGACCAGAUCCCAGAUGUCGCACAUAUUGACCUCUUCCUCUCUUCUCUUCGCGCCGAGGAUGUUACCCAGACCAUGUAUCAGGAUACAAAGCGCUCCAAAGCAUUUGGCAUUGACAUGCUGCCCGCUGAGAUGUCUCCCGCACCAAGAGGUUCCGCUGCCAAGGUCAACACUGUCUGCGAUGCUCUUCUCAACGCUCUACAAAGCCGCAAGGCCACCAACCUCCAAAAUACCAUCACCGCACACGUCUGCAAGUCGCCGCCUGCUCUUGAUGAUGGCCUCCUCCUGGUCUCUGAGCUAAUGCGCGAGGAUGAGAAGAUUGCUGAAAAGGCAGUCGAGCAUAUUUGCUUCUUGGUCGAUGUCAACCGACUAUACGAAAAUGCUCUUGGUCUCUAUAACCUCGAGUUAGCCCUCCUGGUCGCUCAACAAUCUCAGCGUGAUCCUCGUGAAUACCUUCCGUUUAUGCAGAACCUACACUCUCUUCCUGAGCUUCGUCGUCGUUUUGAGAUUGACGACCACCUUGAACGUCGUGUCAAGGCUCUUGGUCACCUCCAAACUAUGGAUGUCUUUGACGAGCUCCUCGCUUACACCAUCAAACACUCGCUAUACCACGAUGCCCUGCGCACUUACCGUUAUGACCCUCCCCGCCUUCGAGAGCUUACUGCCGCAUACGCUGCCUAUCUCGAGUCAACAUCAGCUUAUCGCGAAGCAGGCCUUGCCUAUGAGUCUCUCGAGAACUUCGCCAAGGCGACUAGCUGCUACCGAACUGCCGGUGCGACAUGCUGGCAGGAGUGUCUCUACACUGCAGCCCAGCAGCAACCCCCUAUGUCUUCUGAAGCCAUGUCCGACCUUGCCAGUAACCUCGCGGAUGCCUUGUGGGAAGCAAAAGACUAUGCUUCUGCGGCCACUAUUCAUCUCGAAUAUCUUAACUCUAUCGACAUGACUGUCCGCUGCCUCUGCAAGGGGUAUCACUUCGCCGAUGCCAUCCGCCUCGUGGUCCAACGCAACCAUCCCGGUCUCCUCACCAGCAGCGUUGACACCGGUCUCGCUGAAGCCCUAAGCACAACGACUGAAUUCCUUGCUGACUGCAAGGCUCAGCUCAAGGCUCAAGUUCCCCGAGUCGCUGAGCUUCGCCGCAAGGCUAUCGAGGAUCCCCUUGCCUUCUAUGAAGGAGAGCGGGCUGGCGGCAUGGACAUCCCCGACGACGUCUCCGUUGCCGCUUCUUCGCGCGUCAGCACCAGCGCAUCGCUCUUCACACGAUACACAGGUAAGGCUGGAAGUGUAGGCACGGCCGGAACAGGCGUAAGUCGCGCUACAAGCAAGAACCGCAAGCGCGAAGAGAAGAAGCGCGCAAGAGGUCGCAAGGGAACAGUCUACGAGGAAGAAUACCUAGUGAACAGCAUCCGCCGUCUCAUCGAGCGUGUCAGCGCCGCCGCACCAGAUGCCGAGCGUCUCAUCUUCGCGCUUGUAAGAAGGAACAUGCCCGAGCGAGCGCGUGCCGCCGAGGCUCUCAUGGCUGAGGUGUCAGAGGCCUGCACUGCUGCUGUAGCUGAGGUCUUCAAGGUGCCCGAGGCGGAGGUUGCACAGAGGAACGAUGAUGAGCCGAAGUGGCAGGCUACAGGAGGAGAGGCGGUGCUGCAGGACUUUGUGAUGGGUCAGGGGAAGAAGUUGGAGCCUCCCGUUGUUAGUGGGCUCAAGAAGCUCACACUGCUAGGGUCAUGA